AACAGUCACGUGUUUGUCAUGUGAUAUCGACCGAAAGCCAAACUACUCUCAGUUUAAUGAUGGAAUUAACAGCAGACGAAGCAGAGCGUUUGCAAUUUAUUAACACAUUAGUUUUACGAGAUGUAUCCGCAGAGGAAUUAAACAGAAUAUUUACUUUGGAAUCAGACAGUUAUCCGGAUGACGAGGCGGCAAGCUACAAGAUGCUCGUGUACCGCCACACGGAGGCGCCCGACCUGAUGCUGGGCUGCUUUCUGGACGGGGAUCUCCUGGGGUUUAUCUGCGCCACGCGUUACCACGGUAAAAGACUGGCGACCGAGGCCAUGAGAAUGCACAUCCCCAACGGAGAAAGUGUUUGCAUCCAUUCCGUAGUAGUGAGAAAAGACCAGCGAAGACAGGGUAUAGCAUUGCUCAUGUUACGCAGUUUUGUGGAACGUGUACGGCGGGAACAGCGAGAUGUCGCACGCGUGCUUCUAAUAUGCAAGUCCAACCUUAUCCCGCUGUACACGCGUGCAGGGUUCGUGCUCAAUGGCAGGUCCGAUGUCGUGCACGGAAAGGACCCGUGGUACGAAUUUCAAAUAGACGUCUCCAAUGGAUGACAGCUGUAGUCCCUUUUUAAUUGCUUCCCUAUUGUCGUCAGUCAGUCUUGGCCAGAACUAGUUCAUGCACAUAUUCUUUAUAAAAAAAACACUGCGCAUGUCAGAACAAACGAAAAGCCCACUUGGUAUCCAGAGAAAAUAUUUGUACUUUAAUUUUCUUAUGUUACAACAAAUUGAUCAGUUGUUCCACAGCAUUAAAACUGAUACAUACAAUUUUCUUAACGAUUUUUUGGUUGCGGCUAAUCCGAAGAACAUCUAAUAAAGGUGUUGUGGCCUCAACGUCCAUAUGCUGGAAAGGACUCCACUUAUAUUGAAUUAAGUAUGGUCCGUGGGGGAACCUUUUGCUGUUCUCCGCGGCCCCGCCACUGUUACAAUGGCAACUAUGGGCCUGCUGUUAACACGCCGAAGUCGUGUCUGAAGUUGUUUAAAUGCUGUUGUGUACGCAUGUUGUUUAAAAAAAAUCUACAUGAUUUUUAAAAGUUGAGAGUCAUAAACACAUGACCUUAUAUUGUACUAAAAAACCACGGUAUUGUAUUGUUUUAAUUUAUUUGUUGUUGUUAUAUGAAAAACUAUACACUUAUUGUUUGUACUUUUAUUUACAUGUUGUGCGAAAUUAACAUAAUAAAUCCAAAUCAUUUAUUACAAUAAAAAUUAUAAAACAUA